AUGACGAUCUUCUUCCUAAUCUGCCUCUUGGCAGCACUCUUCCCAGCUUGGAUCGACGCCGUCCAGGUAGAAGACUUCGAAUUGAAAUGCCAGCCCUUCACCGGAUCUGGCGGAAUACAGCGUGGCGGCGCUCUGGGACAAGGUGGUCAAUUCGGUUCCUGGGUCAAAAGGAGCGGCGCCAAACGGGGCGACACUUUCGGUAUGACGGCGAGGUGGGACAAAAAUUUCCCGAACGCUCCAUUCUAUUGUGUGAAUGACGUGAAAGUCACCAACAAUCCGGACGAAUCCAACUUCGUCUGGAGGAACGGAGAUUUCGAGACGGCUUACCUCGGCAUUGGUGCCGAAAACAGUCGAAUGCCAGAGCGCAAGUUUCAGCAUUAUCUCCUAUCGAACGAUCACAUAGCACUGGUCUUGGGAGACCGGGAGUACAACGCAACCUUUCAAUCGGAAGACUCCGCAGAGCCGUUCCAUGUCGUCCGCAAGCUCAGUCCGGCAGAGGUCCAGCAGAUGGCCGACGAAGCCAAUCAACGAGCGGCAGUCGAAGCUUCACAGCGUCCCGAACGGUCACACGCGGACCGUCUGGCUGCCUCCUUUGUCGAAUACGACGACGACGAAAUUGUCUUGUAA